CUUGCGCUGGGGCGGAGAUGAUCGGUCGUAAAUAUGGCGGCGGCCUUGGAUGAAGACGAAAUCGACAAUGAUGAUUAUUAUUCUCUGUUAAACGUCCGCAGAGAGGCUACACAGGAUGAGCUCAAGGCUUCAUAUCGCCGCCUUUGCAUGCUCUACCACCCAGACAAGCACAGAGAUCCAGAGCUUAAGAGGCAGGCAGAGCAGCUUUUUAACUUGGUUCACCAGGCCUAUGAAGUACUAAGUGAUCCACAAUCUAGAGCAAUUUAUGACGUAUAUGGGAAGAGAGGGCUGGAAGUGGAAGGAUGGGAGGUGGUGGAGAGGAAAAGAACGCCAGCAGAGAUCCGUGAAGAAUAUGAGCGACUUCAAAGAGAAAGAGAGGAGAGAAGACUACAGCAAAGGACCAACCCAAAGGGCACAAUAAGUGUGGGUAUUGAUGCGACAGACCUCUUUGAUCGCUAUGAGGAGGACUAUGAAGAGAUCUCUGGUAGUGAUGGCGGUGGCGCCGGCGGCUUACCGCACAUUGAGAUCAACAAGAUGCACAUAUCCCAGUCAAUAGAGGCCCCUUUGACAACCUCAGACACAGCCAUUCUUUCUGGCUCUCUCUCCACACACAAUGGUAAUGGGGGAGGAAACAUAAACUUGGCCUUGCGACGAGUGACCUCAGCAAAGGGCUGGGGAGAAGUUGAGUUUGGGGCAGGAGACACACAUGGCCCUCUCUUCGGGUUGAAGAUUUUCCGUAACUUGACUCCACGCUGCUUCACUACGGCUCAUUGUGGCAUGCAGUUUUCAUCCCGUGGUAUACGGCCGGCUCUCACUACUAUGCUUGCACGCCACCUGGACAAAAACACUAUGGGUUAUUUACAGUGGCGCUGGGGAACUCAGUCUUCCAUGAACACCAGCAUCGUCAGGGACACCAAAAGCAGUCAUUUCACCUUCGCUGUGCAGUUGGGAAUUCCACAUACAUUUAUCAUGAUGAGCUACCAGUACAAAUUCCAGGAUGAUGAUCAGACCAAGAUCAAGGGCUCUGUCAAGUCAGGGUUUUUUGGUACCGUGGUGGAAUACGGUGCCGAGACGAAGAUCAGUCGCCACAGUGUCCUGGGUGCUACCGUCAGUGUCGGAGUACCGCAAGGCGUCUCUCUCAAGAUCAAGUUGAACCGAGCGAGCCAGACGUACUUCUUCCCCAUUCACUUAACAGACCAGCUUCUACCCAGCGCCGUUUUUUAUGCCACUGUCGGACCACUUGUGUUCUACUUGGCCAUCCAGCGGCUAGUUAUCAGACCUUACGUUCGUGCUCAGCAGGAACAGGAGCUUGAGAAGCAGCGGGAGAGCUCGGCAUCAGACAUUGCCAAGAAGAAGCAAGAGGCAGAAGCAGCUGUUAUGCUGAUGCAAGAGUCUGUGCGUAGAAUUAUCGAAGCGGAGGAGUCCAGAAUGGGUCUGAUCAUCCUCAACGCCUGGUAUGGCAAAUUUGUGACAGACAACAGCCGUAAGCAUGAAAGGGCAAGGGUCAUUGAUGUGACGGUGCCUCUACAGUGCCUGGUGAAGGACUCCAAACUCAUUCUCACAGAAGCCUCUAAGGCUGGGUUACCGGGCUUCUACGACCCCUGUGUAGGUGAGGAGAAGAGUCUGAAGAUGCUGUAUCAGUUCAGAGGCGUGAUGCACCAAGUUCUAUGUGGUGACACAGAAGCACUCAGGAUACCAAAACAAUCUCACAGGAUUGAUAAUGACAGUUAGGAACAUGUAUCUCUUGAGCUGAAAGGGACAGUUUGGACUGGUAUAGACUGAUGAGACACAGAUGUUCUGGAGUAGUGCCCCU